AUGAGUACCACUGAACAUAAAGAUUAUGAGACAAUAGAAUCGUUAAAGGAGGAGUUGGACACAUUUGAUCGAAAGAAUGAAGAGUACCAAGAGGAUAAGAGAUACAAUGCUGUAGCAUUUGACUACACAGAGGAGAAUGAGAGAGCUACCUUUGCUAAAGCAAAAGGUCCCAAGUUCUCUAAAGACAAGCAAGAGCAGCAAUCAAAACCAAGUCAACAAAAGAUAUUGGACUUGAAGAAGAAGAUGAAUGAUUCAAAGAGGAAUAUAUACAGUGUCGUUGUUGAUGAACACAAACGAGUACAUAACGGACCAACAAGCGAGUCAGAGGAAAAGAAACAGUUGUACAUUGAGAAGAAGAGGCAGGAGGAGGAAGAGAUAAAGAAGGCAGGUGGUGAUCCCCAACGUGAGACACUCAAGAAUGUCAUGGCAUCAGAGAUAGAAAGCAAAGAGAAGAAGCGAAAGAAUGACGUUCGUUCUAUUAAGGACUCACAAUUUGAUAGACACGUUUACAAUUCAUACAAGAAGAGAGUGAAAGACAUCAAAGCAUUUAAGAGUUCUGAACAUUUCAAACCGAUUGGUGAAGAUGACAAGGUUAUCAGCGAGGCUGACUAUGGAAAGAGUUCAACAGUACCACAACAGAAUAUCAAUGCGAUGAAACAAGAACUACUGAAACAUCAACAAGCACGGUCAAAGAGUUUCAAGAAGCAAGGAAUCAACCCUGACGAAGAUGUCAGUUGGGUCAACGAGAAGAACAGAAUCUUUAAUCAAAAGGCAGCCAGAGCAUUCGAUCCAUACACUCUGGAGACAAGACAGAAUCUGGAAAGAGGAACUGCACUUUGA